GAGGUGAGUUGAUUGAUUGAAAGAGACUGUUGGCUGAAUGAGAAAUAAAACAGGAUUGAGAGCGAAAUAGAGUGGGAGCAAAACGAAAGAUAUCGAAACAGGGAGAGUUCGCAUGUGUGUUUGUGUGUAAGUGAUUGAUUCCAAAACUCCAGCGGUUUACAGUUUCAGAGAUGAACAUAGAUGGGGAGCGAAUGUCGUCCGGUAACGGAAAACUCCGUCAGUGGUUGAUCGAACAGGUGGAUACAAGCAAAUACCCAGGGCUCGUAUGGGAGAAUGAUGAAAAGAGCAUCUUCCGCAUCCCCUGGAAGCACGCGGGCAAGCAAGACUACAAUCGAGAUGAAGAUGCUGCACUCUUUAAGGCCUGGGCUCUUUUCAAGGGCAAGUACCGGGAAGGCAUUGACAAACCGGACCCACCCACGUGGAAGACGCGCCUCCGUUGCGCGCUCAACAAGAGUACCGAUUUCGAGGAGAUCGUAGAGCGCAGCCAGUUAGACAUCUCCGAUCCAUAUAAAGUUUACCGGGUCAUACCUGAGGAUGCGAAGAAAGGUUCCAGGCCUUUAGUGGAAACAGCGGCUCAUUUAACAUCCCCGCAUUAUCAACUGCACUCCACAUACCCUCCCCCUCAGAAUCAGGUGUGUAACUACUUGUCCACCCCAGAGUAUGGAUGGAGGGGCUACCAGGGUGACGAGCCCCCCCACUCAGACUACGCCAACAGCCCCUACAGCCCUACACACAUGGCCUGGGAAAACGGUUACCAGAUCAGUGGUUCGUUCUUCAGCUGCAAUCCCUCUGAGGUUCCUGCCACACCCUUUGGCUUUCCCCAACCUGGCUUCAGAACAGCAGAGGGCAUAUCAGACCAGCGACUGUUGGUGUGCGUGUUCUAUGGCGGGGCCCUGGUUUCAGAAGUGACUGUGCUGAGACCCGAAGGAUGUGUCCUAACGCCACACGGACAUGCUUUCCAGCCAACCAGUGGCCCAGAGGAGGUGCCUCUCCCACAGAAGGCGGGACUUGAAGGCGGUGUCCACCUAUGGGUGGGGUCUGGCGGGCUGUAUGCCCGCACCUUUGGCUCUGGCAAAGUCUUCUGGGAAGGAGGCCACGCACCUUACAGAGAAAAACUUAACAAACUGGAGAGAGAUCAGGCCAACAAACUAAUGGACUUGCACACCUUACUCACAGAGCUGCAGAGUUUCUCUCUGCCUCCUCAUCCUCUGCCUCGUCUCCAAGUUCUCUUGUCCUUUGGAGACGACAUUGAUCCUGAAAUACAGAGGAGGACUCUGACAGUCCAGGUGGAGCCUCUCUUUGCCAGACAGCUCUUCUACCUCAGUCAGUCUGGAGGAAACUACCUCAGGAGCCACGACUUUCACUCACACACACACACUCACAGCCUUGCACACACACAAAAUGAGCUCUCUCCACCAAGCUCACAGGACUAUGCCAGAAUUGCCACCCAUCCACAUGGAAGCUCCAUACCAGAGUGACACCCCCCCCCCCAUCCCCACCACCCUGUGUGGGAGUGUGUGUGUUUUGAAAAUGGAGCUGCAAGGCUUUGUAUAUGUUAGAGAGACAUGAAUGUAUAUGUGUGUGUCUGUGUGUGCAGUUCCGUUUGAGCUCCUGAAACUCAGAAGAUAAAGUACUGAGUCAAUGUCCUUAGCAAUAAUUCCAUGAAGUGUGUAUUAUAAGGAGAGGCAAGGUGUGUGGGGACAUGUCAACCCAAAGAAUGUUAGUGUUUGUCAGUCGUACAUGUUUAAGAUACAUUACUGUAAGCAAGAGUACGGGUAGAUCCAGAUUCAAAAUAAGCUGAAUAUUUGUCCUUCAUGACACCACUAACCCUUUAUUCCUAUAUGAACCCCAAACCGCAACUUAAGUGUUUUAUUAGUCCGGCGAUCCUCCUAAGCAAUGUACAGUUCCAUUAGAGAUUUGUGUAUGUUCAUUUGUAGAUGCUGUGUAUGUGUAUUCUUGUACAUGUAUCAUGAAGGUGAACUGACUUGAAUUCACAUUGCCAUUGUUAUUGAUAUGAUAUGCUGUUUCAUACUGAUAUGUUAAACUGGUUAUUUCAUUGGUCUGUAUGAGUGAGUGUUGUCUUCAUGUAGGCUACAUACUAAAGCCACUGAGUGUCUGUACAUGUGUGUUUGUGUGCUUACUGUCUAGUGUGUGACGAGGCGCGUGUGGUAAGUGUGGUUAGAUGUUUUGCGAGCAGGAAGUUU